AGAUCGAGGCCGUGCGAUCACGCUCAGGCUGCAGCCAGACCCGAUCGUGGCUCCACUCCCGCUUCUAUUUGAACCGCUCGCUCUCCGUCCCUGACGACGCCCUUCCGAUCGGAGUCCAAAUCGGAGCGGAGCAUUCGUCGCGCUAAGCGGAGAGGGGAUCAUGGGCGCUGUGGAGGGGGAGGAGCUGGAGUGGAAGAGUACGAUCGAGGAGAAUCCGGAGGGUCGUGGUGGCGGUGAUGGUGGCGCGGUCAGGAGGAGGAGGGGGAGGUCGGACGGCGAUGAGGAUGAAGCGGAGGCGGCGGCGUCCAUCGAGAGGGAGUUCGACGGCAAGCCGGUGCCCGCGUGGGGGGAGCAGCUGACGGUGCGGGCGUUCGCGGUGAGCCUGCUUCUGGGGGUGUUGUUUAGCGUGAUAGUGAUGAAGCUCAAUCUCACGACUGGCGUCAUCCCCUCCCUCAACGUCUCCGCCGGCCUGCUCGGCUUCUUCUUCGUCAAAACCUGGACGGCGGCGCUUGCGCGAGCCGGCCUCCUCCGCCGUCCCUUCACCCGCCAGGAGAAUACCGUCAUCCAGACCUGCGUCGUCGCUACCUCUGGAAUCGCCUUCAGCGGGGGUUUCGGAAGUUACCUGUUUGCCAUGAGUGAAACGAUUGCCAAGCAAUCAACAGAAACUGAUUAUUCACAGAACAUAAAGAAUCCUAAGCUUGGAUGGAUGAUUGGAUUCCUCUUUGUUGUUAGUUUCCUAGGGUUGUUCUCCCUUGUACCCAUGAGAAAGAUAAUGAUCAUUGACUACAAACUGAUCUAUCCCAGUGGAACUGCAACAGCACACCUUAUCAACAGCUUCCAUACUCCUAGUGGAGCUAAGCUAGCGAAGAAACAGGUGAAAAUGUUGGGGAAGUUUUUUGUGUGCAGCUUUCUGUGGGGCUUCUUCCAGUGGUUUUACACUGCUGGAGACAAUUGUGGAUUUGUUUCAUUCCCUACAUUAGGCCUCGAAGCAUACCAAAACAAGUUUUAUUUUGAUUUUUCGGCUACUUAUGUUGGGGUUGGGAUGAUUUGCCCCUACCUUGUGAACGUAUCUGUUCUCUUGGGAGGCAUCCUCUCAUGGGGAAUUAUGUGGCCUCUUAUAGAUGCUAAGAAAGGAAGCUGGUAUCCAGCUGAUAUCCCCAAAACCAGUCUUCAUGGUUUGCAAGGUUACCGGGUCUUUAUAGCUAUUGCCUUGAUCCUGGGAGAUGGACUCUACAACUUCUUCAAAGUUUUCGGCAAGACCAUAAUCGCCUUAGUAUCUCAAAUGAAGAACAAAAACUCUGCGAAUGCAGUGGUGGGUUCUGACGACCCUUCAGCUUAUGAUACAUCACCUGUUUCCUUCGACGAUAAGCGUCGAACUGAACUCUUUCUCAGCGACCAAAUCCCAAAACCAAUUGCCUAUGGAGGUUACAUAGUUGUUGCAAUUAUCUCCAUUGUCACAAUACCGCACAUUUAUCCACAACUGAAGUGGUACCAUGUGUUGGUGUCCUACAUAUUUGCGCCGGUGCUGGCAUUCUGCAAUGCCUAUGGCGCAGGCCUUACUGACUGGUCGCUCGCCUCCACUUAUGGGAAACUUGCGAUUUUCAUCAUCGGUGCGUGGGCCGGUGCUUCCCACGGCGGUAUUCUUGCAGGCCUUGCUGCUUGUGGUGUCAUGAUGAGCAUCGUGUCCACUGCAUCCGACCUCAUGCAGGACUUCAAGACAGGGUACUUGACUCUGGCCUCUCCCAGGUCCAUGUUUAUUAGUCAAGUGAUCGGCACAGCCAUGGGCUGUGUGAUUGCUCCUUCAGUUUUCUGGUUGUUCUUGAAUGCAUUCAAAGACAUUGGCAUGCCUGGAUCAGAAUACCCUUCACCCAAUGCUCUUGUUUAUCGUAACAUGGCUGUACUCGGAGUUGAAGGCUUCUCAUCACUGCCAAAACACUGCCUCACUCUCUGCUUCAUAUUCUUUGCUGCCGCGAUCAUUAUCAAUGCAAUACGAGACAUCGUGGGGGAGAAGAUUGCAAGGUUUAUACCUCUUCCGAUGGCGAUGGCAAUACCAUUUUACUUGGGAUCCUACUUUGCCAUUGACAUGUGUGUAGGAAGCUUGAUUUUGUUCGUCUGGCAGAAGAUCAACAAGGCAAAAGCAGAUGCAUUUGCUCCAGCUGUGGCUUCAGGUUUGAUUUGUGGCGACGGGAUAUGGACUCUUCCGCAAUCGGUGCUUGCUCUUGCUAAGGUGAAUCCGCCCAUUUGUAUGAAGUUUUUGUCGAGGAGCAUGAACGAUAAAGUGGAUGCAUACAUUGCGUCCUUGUCUUAGUGAUGUGCACCAGAAGGAUUGACAGAUAGAAGGUUGUAGCUGUUUUACUAUCCAAAAACAAAAUCAGAUUUAGAGGUAUUUGUUUUUGCAUCAAGUUCAUCUCCUAGCUGAGAGAUUAAUAAUCCUUUUCUUUCUUCAUGCUGUUGCAGUACAGUGGUUUUAAGUUCUUCCAAAAUGUUUAGUAUGGAUUGCUUCAGUGAUCAGGCAAUUUGUAUGAAUUUAGAACAUGUUCUUGAAAAUAAAUAGCUGAAAAUUAGGACCAAUGCAUAAGUGC